CAGAAAUCCUGAAUCCUUUAUCCUGAGUGCUGAAACCACAACCACACCACGAUUGUGUUUCAGUUUCACUUGCAGUAUCCGUUUGAGUUUUUAAUUUCCUCGUUAUUUGUUGUGCAAAUUGCUCGAAUCACACACACAUCCAAUAUUUGCAUAUCCAUGAACACAGGUUGUGAAGCACAAACACAAGCCAGCAAUGUCCUUUAGGUAAACAAAAAAGAAACCUAAUUUUGAAUAACUUGUUAGCUGUUUAAGCCUCACAUCAAGGCACACAAUCAAACAAAACAAAAUGUAUCUAUGUAAAUUGGCCCAAAAACGACACUUGUUCAACGUGUCGCAUAAUUAAUUUUUUGUUUGACACAACCGAAAUUAUCCCCCAAACACGCAGUUUGAAAUCUGUAGGGGCUUAAAAAUGCAAACUAUAAAGUGAACUAAGAAUUUAAAUUGUUUUCUGUAAUAUUUUUGAAUAUCUUUUCAAAAAAAUACAAAUAUUUACAUCCAUUUUUAGAUUAACAGAAAAUGAUACAUACAAAUAAAUCAUAUUAUUUUCUACUUACUUAAAGCUAUACACAUUUUUCGAGCAAUUAGUCACACAUUGUUUUUAUUUCGUUACUACACAAGAAAUAUUGCAUUACCCCGAUCCAUACGAAAAUCUCUUACUAACCUCUAUCAUCUCCACUCAUUAAUAUAAUUGUCUGCGUGUGUGUAUCUAUAUAAAUUUCUAACUCUUAUUGUUUGCCUAGAUUUUUCUGAAUUAUAGUUUGGAAUGCCAACAACUUGUGACUCUUGUCCCAAUUAUCUAGCUGCUUGUUAUAUUGUAGAAAUUCGAUCUAUGCUGUUCUAUUCUAAUCUGUAACUAAAAACUGAUGCGAUGCUCGCGUCUCUAUCUCUUUUUGAAUAAAUUAACUAUCUUGCAUUGUUUAUUUCCAUUCGGAUUUAUGAAUUGUGUUUUGAAUUAAACAAUUUUAAACAUUGGAAAACCUAUCAAUCAAUCGAUCAAAAUCAACCAUCAACUUGGACCCAACCACACACCACCAACACUCAACUAUUGUAUGUAACCAACUCGACAAUAACAACAACAACAACAACAACAACAAUAAACAACAAUCAAUAUUGGCGACUAUCUGAUCUUGCAUGAAACGAAAAUGAAUACAAAAAAAUCGAGAAAUCCCCAUACCAUACUUAUACCGUAAUAAUCAAGUGUUUGGUACGACCUCGUUUUCCCUGACGGUUGAAGGCAUGGGUCCCUAUCCGCUGAGCGAUAGCACCAAUCUCCUGGGACCCGGAUCGAGCAACUACGGUCCGGGCGGAGUCCUCGGCUUGGCCGGAUCCGGAUCCGGAUCGGGAUCGGGAUUGGGAUCGGGACUGAGAUCGGCUGGUCAGUGCUACACGAAUUACGGCACCAAUCUGCAGACGCCGCAGGCGCCGAGAAAGUGCCACUACGACGAGGUCGACGACUACAAUUUCCGCCGGCACUCGGCGCACGGAAGGAUGUCAUGUAGGUUGACCCAGCACCGCCUAAAUAAUAACAAGCAAACCACAACUCCAAGCUAGUCAGCCACUGAGCCGCCACGCAGCCACUGAACCACUGAACCACUGAGCCACUGAACCACUCAGCCCAUCACGAAAAGCAUUUACAUGAAAAUGCCCAAUUCUAACCAAAUGCACCCAGUCGAAUCUAUACCAUAUAAAAAAUAUAUAUAUAUAGUCGUAAAUAUUUAAAACUAGACUAAGGCUCAAGCUGACGCUCAAACGAACCAUCGAAAGUUCGGAUCUGAUGAAUCGUAGCUUAUAUUGUUUUCCUUUUGUUCCUUUAUAGUACGCAAGUGAAGGGGAAACUGUUGAACUUGGGACCAACUAUCAAAAACGAAUCAAGCGAACCGAUUGGCUAAGUAAAGACAAGUCGCACCACUCACCAAAUACUAUACACAAAGAACUCACACCCUAACACCCAAACACCGAAAAUCACCCACUCGCUCAAAGAUCAGAAAGAAAAGUGCCAAUAAUGAGACUUAAAGUGUGCCAAAAUAAUCUAGGAAAUCAACUUUCAAGGCAAUUGAGACACAAAUUAAACUCAAAUGAUUCCCAUCAUGCAACCUUACCAUAAUAAAUAAUUUUUUAUGUUAAAACUCAGACAAUUAAAACGCAAUCAUUCACUAUCGUGCUUCAAUACAAAAUCCACUAAGUAUAAACACACAUUUCUUAACGUAAAUAAGCUUUAAUAAAAACCAAUUGGCUCUAAUUUAAUGAAAUAAUUUUAGAUUUCAAAAAAGUAUUAUUUGUACCGCAUCUGUCCAAAAAAGUAUGCUACAAAAAGUGGCAAAUUAAAAUCAUUUCAGUAAAUUAAUUAAUCAAUCAUGCAGCCCUUUCGACUCCAUCAACGCCUUGUGAAAGUUGUGUUUUGUUUGGUUCUAUAAACUGCAUGCCCUUUCAACUGCAUGUGUAUUAUUGGCAUGGACUUUUUGCAUGCACUGUGUUUUAAUUAGCAGCAGUAGUGAAUGAAUCGCAGCUAAAAACGACCAGCCCGAUAAUAAAUUAAAUACUAACGAUGCAGCGAAAUAAUUACAACAAUUGGGUGCGCCAUAUUAAUUGCUUUUUUCGUAUUUCGUAUUCCCAACUUUGUUUUUGUUUUGUGAUUUUUGUUUUUUUUUUUUUUUGUUUUGGUUUUGCCACUGU